ACGUCCACGCUAUUUUCCGCGAUUCAAUUGAUCAAGAUGACUCGCGUUUUUAUAGGAAGACUUUCAAUGAGUGCCAGAGAAAGUGAUGUUGAGAAGUUCCUUCGAGGUUAUGGCAAAGUGAGAGAUAUCAGCUUGAAAAGAGGUUAUGGAUUUGUGGUGAGAUACCAGUGUGCAAGCAUAAGCUAAAAUAACUUACGCUUAGUCUACAAGCUCAAAUGUCUUGUUUUUUGUAAGAGCGUGGUCUUUGCUUACCAGUUUCGGGCUUCUUUAGGAGUUUGAUGAUUACCGAGAUGCAGACGACGCAAUUGCUGAUUUAAACGGCAAAGAACUCCUAGGAGAAAGGUGGGGGAUUCAUUAAUAAAAUAUCACAAAGUGUCAAUUUGCAUAAAACGUUUUUGUAAUAUCUUUUGAAUACAGAAUAAUCUACGUAGGUUAUGUCUUAUCAGUUAUUCAACAACCUUUGUAAACGUCAGUGGUUGAAAGCAAGCUUCAUAUUUAUUAGAGUUAAGAGUUUUGCUUUAGAUUUAAAUGAUAACUUAAAGUAAUAAUUAAUAGUUAUUUCCUUAUGAAUUAUCUAAGCAAUAGACCAGAAAUUGCCUUCCUUUCUGGAACUGGACAACGCACGCCGAUCUAAAAAUCGAUUGACCAAUAACAGAGCGGCAGAUUGACAGCGAAGUUGGGUUGAGUCCUUUCCGUGCUCUUUCGCCUUCUUUUUGACGUUGCGUUGUCUCUGCUAAAUCUGUCUGAUAUCUUUCACAAAGGCUAUUUAGAAGCAAACAAUAAACAAAAUUCUACACUUACUGUACCUUAAAUACCCACCUGCACAUAACGUGUUCUUCAGGGACCACUGACUUCUGUCCCUAAGGUGGUCUCUAGCUAGCCUAUGGGUUUACCAGUGUGAUAAACCACGCAGGAUGGUGGGAGAACACGCGGAAAGUUUGUAAAUCAUGAGCCAAAUAUCCCAAGUCGGUUAUCACGCCUGUAAACCCAUAGAAAGUGUGGUCUAUUGCUUUUAUAACAUAACUUUAAGUUUUCUAUGAGUUUACUGGCACAAUAAACCAUAGGUUUUUCACCAAUCAGAACGCGCGCACUAUCUUGGUUAUGUUAUAAAAAUCACUGAUGUAUAAGCAAACGUAGGAAAAAAAAAAGGAACAACUGGCUAUUGAUAUUCAUCCCUAGGCGUAGGAAACUUUACCCCAGAUUGCUUUCAUUCUGUCUAUAAGCAAAAUGUAUUUUUGACUUUCUUGAUAUGUUUAAAAAAACUUUAGCCUGAGAAAACAGCCAAAAUUUUCGUCACUUUUCACUUUCUACUUGAUAGUAAUCUACACUGUCCUCAAGCCAAAAGCUUACCAUUCUGAAGUGUCUGUCAGCCCUGGUUUGUAUUUUUAAAAUAAGUUUGUAAACAGACAACAUGGCCUUUGCUUCGAUGAUUGUUUCAUGAAGAAUGAGGUUGUACAAAGUAAUGGCGCUUUCCCUCUGCUUUUAGUGUAUGAUUGCAACACUUUUGCUCGAGGUACAUGUAAGUUUGUUCCUGUUUUCUUUUUGUUUGGAAUUAACCCAUUCGCUCCUAGAGAUUUUGCCGAAAAACGCGUUUUGAAGCUAGUCUAGUGGUUUUCUGGUCACUGUCGUGCUAUAAAGAGCUAAAACUUACCACAAACUGGUUUACAGGUCGAACACUUCGUGGUCUUCCGAUCCAGAUGCAAAAUAUCAGCUUGCGAAGUUCGGGCAUGCGCAGAAAGCAAAAUUUCGACAUAGUUUUUGGGUUUAAAAGUGACACAGCAGUCUUGACUUUUACUUUUCGCUUUCUCUCCUCCCUUCUUUUUUUGCUUUUCUUGCCUCAUUUUUUUUUUCUCUUGCUGGGCAUUUAGUAGGCUUGAUUUUGGUGGGAAGAGUUUUUAGGAAAGCUUUUAGGAUCUUAGGAUUAGGCGAAAGGAAAGGUAGGUGGGUAAUGGGACAAGAUUUUCAUGGAGAUUUUCAGGUCAAUGUCACGUGGUUUUUUGCUUGUUUCUCCGGUGUCCUUGACUGAAUUGUGCUCAUUCUGGUAUGGUUUGAAAGAUCUCUUCACUCUGCACAAGUUAGUGAAGAAAGUUGUCCUUGACCGUUAAAACUGAUGACGUCACAAUGGGUAGAAAGGACCUGGAUCCGCACGGGCGGUUCAGGGGCGAAUGGGUUAAGGUCUGUUUCAGGGCGUGGCGCGAGUGAACCUCUAUGCAGUGAGGAGGGUCUAUUUUUUUAACGGCGGAGACUGGGCGAUUGAAAACAGAUCUGGGCGAGUGCAAUUUAAAUGUCACACGCCUAGUUGAUGAGUGCUGCAAAAUUUUAGUUUCCAUUACCCUACCUUGUUAUGAACGAAUAACUUAAGCAAGUAAUAUUAUUAUUAUUGAUUGCAGUGUUGCACUUGAGUUGGCCCGAGGCAAAAGAGCUGGAGGUGGAGGUGGAGGAAGCAGAGGUGGUUUUAGAGGGGGAAGAAGACCAGGCUGGCUUGACAAGUAAUAACAUAGAUGUGCUCUUUUAGGCCCAGCUCAAACAUUGAAAUUUUCAUGUAUACCUAACCUAAUAGCUGUUUGGGUCGAUCCAAAUGAUGUAAGUUCAACAGUUGACUCGGCAUGAUCUUGAUGUACAAUGGUCUGCAAUGUAAAUUAUAGUAAUUUUUGCAUUAGGUUCGGCACAUGAAAAGUUCGACGUUUGAAAUCAAGUUGCUCUGCAGUCGAAAUUCCCAUGUGGGUCACUUUAACUUUAAUCAUAGGUCGACCGAAAUUAGAUAUGUCAGACUUAACUGAUUCAAGUGUCGAUGAUUCUCUUGAUGUACUCAAUUGAAGGGAUUAGGUUCAGUACAUGAAAAGAUCGACGUUUGAGCAGUUGAAGGUCUGUUAUGUGGCCAAUUACAUUAAUGCAUGGCUGCUAUAGUUGAUUUUGCUAAGAACUUAUGUCAUUAGAAGCGGAAUAGCAUUAGUAUCAGUGACCUUGAAUAUGUUUCUUAAGUUAAACCCUCUGACCUUGAAAAGUGAGUAAUACAUGUGAUCCCAAUUGUGGGGAUUUUUUGUCUUAAGAAAGCACAUUGAAUAAAUGCAAGGUCUAUUUUAGUAUCAAUUAUUUUUCUCUCCAAUGUAACCUGCUCAGCACUGUGUUUCAAAGAGGCAGUGAAGUGAGGCAGUCUUGCAGAAUUCCCACCGGUGUUUUGAUCUGUGCAUGAGCUGAAAUUUAGUUGGGAAUAAUAAAAUUGAAAGUUGUAAGACUUUUAAACAGAUACAUGUAUUGAAGAAAUAAAUACUUUACCACUUUGAGAAGUAGAGUACAUGUGUACCUCCAAAUUAUUAAAAUAAAAUGCUGUUGAAAAAAUCUCCACAUAAUAAUGUGUAUUUGAACUUUUGAACUUUUUGCUUUGAUUAUUUACAAUUGAAUAGUUUCAACUGUUCUUCCCUCCAAUUUGAACAUGGAAAAAAAUUCCACUUAUUCCCUUGUCAGGGUGAGUAUCCUUUCAUGUUGCAGAAGAGUAUGCAAGACAUGUAUUUAUACAUUUUUUCUUUAUUUCCUCUUGCUGGGGGUCCAGGUAUGGUCCGCCUGUGAGAACACAGUACAGGGUGAUCGUGGAGAAUAUGUCAAGUCGCACAAGCUGGCAGGUGAUUUUGUAGAUUGCUUUAUAAUAGGGCCUAAUUCUUAAUUUAGGUUAAUGUUCUUGUUUUCUAUAACAGACGAAUCAGGAUGCUGAUAUUAUUACAUGUGGAGAGUUACGUGUAAUUUCACUUCCAUGUAUUUAAGUCUAGCAAGGGCCCGUUUUUUCCCAGUUCUUUCUUUAUAAUAUUCUAUUAAUUAAGACAUUAUUAUUUUUUGCAAUCCUCAAGUAAUGUUGUUGUAAGUUGUGGCAUUGAGUUCAGUGCUCACUGACAAUGUUUGUAUGUAAAACUUCCUGUCCACAUAGAGUAUAUGUGAUGUUUGUAAUAAAUUAUUGCAUAUUACAUGUUUGUGACAAAUUGGUUAGUGAAUUACCUAUUCUGGUUUCGUCUCUAUGUAUGUAGUUGCACAGAGUACAUUUAACAAAGAAACAGAAAAUAACUCCAAACAAGACAAUUUUUUUUGUCUCUUUGUUUUUGCUAUUAUCUGUGCUGGUACAUAUGUUGAGGGUUUAAAAUUUUUUAACCUGAGUUGAUUCCCUGUUUGCUUUGUCUCCAAGCCCUAAUUAUUCGAAUUAGGGCCAGGAGACAAAGGAAAUUGAGAAUCAACGUUGGUUAAAAGAUGUUAUCUUGAAUAUAAUUUUAAACUGUAACAUGUAAAACUAAGAGAACUCAGAAUUUCUGUGGCAGUUUGUGUGUCCAACUAGUACAUUUAUUGUAAAUAAUAUAAAACAGAAUUAAGGGGAUAUAAAGAAUUAGAUUAUUGCUUUGUGUUUGAGCAUAGAGGCUUUUGAAUGAAAACAGUCAGCAAAGGUUCCCAUUCUUAAAUUUUUAUUUGUUUGUUGACAGGGCAUUAAGGAAUAAGCGCUUGAUAUUGACUAAGCAAACAUUACUAAAGAGAUGUUGGCUGUUUUGAGAGAGGUUCCUUUAAUGUGUCACUACCUUGCGAUGGUUGUGAAAGCGUGCGAAUUAAGGAUGUGAAGUGACUAUAGUGAUAUGGGUACAGUGAUAGAUGGGAAGCCUUCUUGUCAUCUGUGUGAGGGAUACUAAUCUAAAACUGUGAUUUAUGAGAAAUUGAAGAAAGUUGGUAUUCAGGUAAGACAGAGAAGACAGUUGGUUUGAAAUGAUCAAGAAAGAUGAUUAAAGAGUUUUGACAGAAGAAAAAAAAAACAUUUUACUAUAACUAUUUUGACAUUUUAAUUUCGUUCUAGGCGGUUACAACUUUGAUAAACUAAUUUUAAUUUUUUGAAGCAUUUUGAAGGGUCAUUAAUAAAGUUUGCCUCAUUUGAACUGCCAAGGGAUUAGUUUGAUUUGUAUGUCGACAUAAGCAAACUCUGGUGAUUCAAGUUUGAAAACAUUCGAAACAAAUUAGUGUGAAAACAUCACUAAAAUAAUUAACAAAAUAGUCUUUCAAUUUUAGUGUAGAAUUUUCUGAAGGAAAAAUCAAGGACAAUUAUUGUCGUUAAGGGUACAUGUAUCGUCAUUUUUCUACUGCCAAAAUGGUGACAUCUUUUUGUACAUGUGUUAUCUUCACAGGACCUCAAAGACCAUCUUCGACAGAUGAGCAAUGCAAAACUAACAUAUGCUGAUGCACACAAGAAGAGGGUUGGAGAAGGGUAAGUGAAUAAACUGAAUUAUCAUUCGAUGCAAACUUUUCUUCUUUUUUAUUGGCUGAAAGCCCACCAUGUGACCUGCAAAUAACUGCCUACAAAUAAUGGUGUCCUCAUGCCCAAUGUUGUCCAACUGUGUUUGGCUGCAAAUAAUAUUCUGCUCAUGUGUAAACAAAACCACACAUGAUCGUUCUUGCGUGAAAAAAGGCAGAUCGCUUUGCUUCCCGAAGAUAUUCAUUAAAAUUCAAACUUGGUGAUCAAAUGAUAAAACAAUAAUAAUAUUAUUAUUGAACUCGGUUAUCGCAAAAUUUUGUGAUUUUCCAGUGUCACACAUCAAUAUUAUUUGAUGUGCGAGACACUGAUUAUUUGAUAAUUGAUCUGUUCGCCACUGACAAAUCAUGAUAUUUUGCACAACCUCGUCCAUUAAUUGUUAAUUAUUUGCUAAUCAAAUCACUAAUGCUUUAAUUGAGAAGUUACAAUUGAGAAGAGAUUACGUUUAUGGCGUAAUAUUCUUCAUUUUUUCCUCGUAGCACUGUAGAAUUUGAAUCUCGUGAAGAUAUGAAUGAGUGUAUCAGGAAGGCAGAUAACACAGAACUUGGUGGCCGCAAGAUACGGCUGGUUGAAGUAAGUGCAUGUAGCCCCAUUGUGCCUGUCUUCUUGUUUUGAGAAGUAUACAAAUAAGAAAGUACUGUAACCAGGGCCACUUAGACAGAGUUGACCAAUCAGAUUACAGGAAAAUAACUAUGUUUGAAGAAAGUUGGUUGUUGGCCAAUCAGGUGCUCAUAAUAAAACAACUUACUUAAAGCACAAAAUUUAAACACUGAUAGCAAACGUUUUUCAAUAAAGCAAAAUGUUUCACCAGACAAUGUUUUUCUGUUCGAGACUUUACAUAUAACACCCAGGGCCCAGUUGUUUGAAGCUUGAUUAGCGCUUAACCCGGGUUUCUUUUUUUUAUGUUCAAAAGCAUUUUCUCGGAUUGAAAUGUUUUUUAAGCUUUCAAAUCUGAAUUCAAAUCUUGCACUAACUCUGGGUUAUUUUAACCCAGUUUUGAACAAAUCUGCCCCAGGAGACAUAUUUGUCUGACAGAAGCUGAUAUUUUGUCAUCUACCAGCAAUUUCUUCACUACCAUUGCUGCACGUUGUAAUAACAUCAUGACCAAAAGUCAAAAAUUAAACUAAAGUUUACUGCUUUUGCCUGCGACAUUCACUCUACUAAUGGACCUCUUAGGAAACAUGGGCUUUUGAUUAGCGGGUUCAAAAGGUCAGGUCUGUAGGUUGUCAUUUAUUUCAAUUACGAUUGACAACUAACUUUCAUGGAAUGUAUUAUUUUCCUGUAAUCCAAUUGGUCAACUUUGUCUAGAUAGCCCCGCACUUGUUACACUUGUUGCUGUAACAUAGUUUUUGACCCAUUGGUAUAGUUAUAAUAUUAUUGCUUCGUCCUGAGUUAAAAACUCUUUAAUAUCAUUGCUAUGGUAUGUUCUUAUGUCAAUAAAAUUGUUUGUUACCAUUCUUGUGGUAAAGGAUUAAGCUGUUAAAAAUAAAGUGGUAUCAUUUAUCAGUCAAAUAUUAUUUAAAACUUACUGUCAUGAUCAGCUAUUUUGAUGUUUUUUUUUUUUUUACUUUGUAGGAUAAAGGUCGCAGUGGCUCCCCUCCUAGACGUGGUGGCUACAGCAGAAGAUCUCGAUCUAGGUCUCGAUCACGCUCCAGAUCAAGGUCACGCUCUCGCUCUCGUUCGCCAAAAAGACGAUCAAGGUAAUGUACUGUACACAUCUUUUAAGAGAACAUUUUAUAUACACUGCCAAGUAGUUAUGUAUAGUAGUGAGUGUUUGAACAAGUAGUUUAACUUCUGAAGUCAAUAGUUCAAGGAAGUUAUUCUGGUACACUCAGUUUUAGAUUCUGUAAUUAACCUGUUUAUUAUUGAGGUCAUAACUUGUUAGGUGCCUGCCUAGUAGUUAAGCUCAGUGCAGCAAGGUAAAGGAGCAAGGUAAAGGCAAUAAACUGUAUGGUAGCUGUACAGCGGAACCUCGAUAAUUAUAACAAGCCUUUGUAUAAUGAAGUCAUCUGUAUUACAAGUGGUAAUCUUCACCCCACCACCAGUAAUGGUACAUGUAAAACAUAUGGAAAAGAACCUCAAUACAACUAAACUUUCGUAGUGGCAUCCUUUGGCAUUUCGUUUUAACAUUCACAGUUCCACAGUAGUUGAUUUAAUAUUAAAUCAUUGGUGUUUGUUUGUAGGUCUUUGUCCCGUUCUAAGAGUCGUUCAGCCUCAAGGUCCCCUGCACGUGCCCAGAAGCAGUCUCGUUCACCAUCCCCGUCCUCUCCUCGAGGUGCAUCACCUGGUGGGAAGCGGGAAGACAGUGACAACUGAUCAUGCGCAUUAUGGGACAGACUGUUUUACAUUAAUUGUUCCUAAUUUUUGCAAAGCCACGGCGCUUAUUGUAUUGACUUCGAUAAAGUUAUGUUAAACUUCCACUUAACCUUUUUUAAAGCAAGUGAUGUAAGAAUGAAUGAUUUACCUUGGUCUACACAUUAGUUUUAUAUUCAUUACUGUCACAUGUAGGUUUUGCUUCCUGGCUUGUAAUGUGCAUUUCUUUCCUCAGAAUAGUUGAUAUUGAUGAUUUGUUUAUGUUUACUUUUUAAAAGUCUGCACUUAAGGAAGCAAUAAUAUUUAUGAGCUCAUAGUCCCUGCAUAUUGUAUGAAUAGAAUUUUUUCAAAAGAUAAGUGUUAUAAAAUAUAUUAUCCAUUUGUUUUGUUGAACUGUUGCUCUGAAUAAAAUUUGUGAAUUAAAAC